GUCACACAAGACACAACUGGAAGUCAAAUCACUACGAUAAAUCUCAGGGAUCGGCUCGGUACCCUCUACAUCUCUACAGUCCAGUUUGGCUAAUGGACUAAGCAAGCUGUUUGUAGCUGGGGCCGCGAGAACAACGGUCCUACUGCUGUGGUCGAAACGGGACUAGGUGAAUCUACCACCAGAUUGAUAGGCAAUGCGAGAGAUUGAAUCGAAAGUGCUGGCUCUGUUGUCAAUAUCGCAAUCACCGUCGAUAUUGACAUGCGCUAGCCUUUUAUUACAAUAUGCAAGUGGGUGCAUGGCGCACGACAAUCAUCUGUUGAACUACGACCCGCCAGACAAGCUUCCCCCCGGCAGCGAUCCGAACUGCUGCUUACCUCUUCAACCGCUAGCAAAACACUAUCCGUUUUGCUGGAACGGAUUGGAGUGGAGUCGACCUGCAAUGACCAACCAGCUCGUGCUGGAUUUCAAGUCAGUUGUUGGCCAUGAUCCCAACGCAUUAGUGGAAGUUGGUUUCAUCAUAAGCAGGCUGGAUAUGGAGUUACCAGAAAGGCUUGGCAGAGACAGAGGUUUUGGUGGCGUAGGGCAACUUAGCUAGCAUGUGAUACGCAAGGCUGGGCGUUAAUAUGGCGUUUGUUCAAUCGGUAUUUCAAGUGGGUAGCGUUAAUUCUUCAAGACUGAUAAUGAU